UUUCUCCUUUUUCUAUUCCUGGGAGAAACUGUGUAAGAUUUAGAGUCUAUUUCUUUCUUAAAUGUUUCAUAAAAUUCACCUACAAACUAAUCUGGGCCUGAAAUUUUGUUUAAUUAUACCAGUGAUAUAAUACAUACCUCCUCUAUUUCUAGCUCACAGUGUUUAAGCAUCCUCCACUAUCAAGCCCAUGCAACAUUUACCUAACUCGUGAAAAAGUCAGAAAAUACAUCAAUGAUUAUUUAUAGAUGUCCUGAUUUUGUUCAUGGCUGUAUAGGACUUCAAGAACUGAAUCUGGGAAGUUGAGAAAUUUUGUUGCAGAUGGAUUUAGUCCUCACAACCUCAUUUCUAUGCAAACCAUCCAAGGAUGAACCCAUCUUAGAGAAUACAGACUUUAAACCCAGCCAUGGACCUAUUCUCCAAAAGGCAGAGAUUUCUGUGUUCCAGAACCCUCAGCAUAGCUUAUUUCAAAAUGGCAGUAAAUCAUGUGCAAGGCAGGAGCUGCAGAGACUCUAUAACUCAUUUCGCUUGUGGCUGCAGCCGGAAAAACACAGCAAGGAUGAAAUUAUUUUUCAAGUGGUUCUGGAACAGUUUAUGGUCAAUAGGCACUACAGCGACAGGUCUACUUUGAAAGAGAAAUGGGAAUCAAGUGGCAGAAAACUGGAGAGAUUCAUAGAGGACCUGAGUGAUGACUGGGUGAAGCCACCUCGCUUAGUGCAUGUCCACAUGCAGGGACAGGAAGCCCUCUUUUCUGAGAAUAUGCCCUUAAGAGAAGUCAUUCUUCAUCUAUCCAAACAGUUGUUCACAGGAACCCCAAGAGAACACAACAUGGGGACACCCUCCUGGCCUCCCCAGGAGGCUUCUCUGGAAACAGGACCAGGAGAUGAAGACAAGGAAAAUGGUGGCAACAUUUCUUUGAAAAUUUGUCAAGUAAAUGGCAGUAUUGCGAGUCAGGGCAACGAAACGCCUUCCCUACUCAUGAUCCAGGGAGAGCGCGGUCCUAGGCCUGAAGAGCAGGCUGUUUCUUUGAAGAAUCCACUGAGCUCUGCACGGGCAGGUCCAGGCACCUCCAGGGCCCAGGAAUGGGCCCUGACUGGGCCUUCUUCUCAGGAUGUCCUGAUGGAGGCGGGACCAGGCUUUCUUCCCAGGCCAGACCAGGCCUCCCCUGAGCCUGUUCCUAACAAUCAGGGCAUCGAGGGAAACUCCACACGUGGGGGACAGCAAGAAAAAUUCCACAGGGCCCCCAAAUCAUACAGAUGUGAAGAGUGUCCCAGGAUGUUUAGGUGUUUAUCUCAGCUAAAAGCCCAUCAGAGAAGACACAGUAAUGAGAGGACAUUUAUUUGUGCCAAGUGUGGCAAAGGCUUCUUCCAGACGUCAGACCUACGCCAGCAUCAGAGGAUUCAUGCCGGAGAGAAGCCUUUCGUGUGCAGCACGUGUGAAAGGUCCUUCAACCACAAAACCAACCUCCAGGCUCACGAGAGAAUCCACACGGGAGAGAAGCCCUACACGUGUCCCCUUUGCCGGAAAAGCUACCGCCAGUCAUCCACCUACCACCGCCACCUGCGGGCUCACCAGAAAACCGCCUUCAGAGGUGUUUCUUCCACACCAGAAGCUUCCUCGGCUACAGGCCCCAUGUGAUGUUUAUAAGUAUGUAUGCGAGUGUGUGUAUUUCCACUGGUCGGUUUAAGGAGGCAGGAUAUUCUUCAGUUUUGUUCCCUAAAGUAUCUCAGGUGCAUAGAAAAGUGGAUGAAAAUUUUGUGACAAAUAUCUGUUGAAUAAUUGAAUGAAUCUGUAAUGUUUAUGUUUAUUCCUUAAAAUCAGUUAGGCUGAAUCCCAAGAUACAAAUGCCAGCUCAGAGAUGUCCCACAAGGCUUUUCCUGCUGACUCUCCUCUACUCUGUCCACACCCUUUGACUCUAGUGCAGACUCAGGCACAUAAAAAUGUGGGUAGUGAAGGCAGAAAGCUGAAAAUAGUCCUUAGUCUAUGAUGGGGAACACUUACAUUUAAAUGAUAUAAUCAUUUCUUUAAUUGACUGGAUAUUAAAAGCUAAACUGAGCCUGAAUAAGACUGGUGGCUGAAUGUUGCAGAAUGCUAUUUUAUUGAUGAAUAGAUACCAGAAAGGUAAAGUUUUUCCAUUAUUUUAUUAUGAUAGUGGAUAUGGGAAGUUUGGGGUGGGGGGGUGUGUUUAUUUCCAGAACAGGUUUGAAAGUGCAGUUGGGAGAAUAAAAAAGGGGUAGGGGUCUGUUCAGCACUAAGGCAAAAGUACACCCCCAGAUACGUUAUUUCGUAUACUUUUGUGAGCUAUCUUCUAGGAAAUUGGGGUUCAGUCUCAUUGAGAAACUAGGGGAUAGUAUGUAGAAUUUGCUCAAAUCACAAAAGAUGGCAUUCCACAGCAUAAAAAGUGGCAUUUCUCUGUUUGCUGGGUCUAUACAAGGGAGACGUAGUGUACUACAGAUAAUGCUCCACCGUGUGGAGAAGCCCACUUACCCAUCUUUCCUGGAUGAGCUCCAAUGGUUAAAGUAUUUUGAACAGUCUUGAACAUGCUUCCUGGUAUGCAGGGAGAGCUUCUCUUUGGAAAUAAUACCUCUAUGAUGCGGGGACAAACUUUUUCAAAGUGAUUUACCACUUAAUUAUGAAACCAUCAGUAGCAACAGAUCUUGAGUGUCCAUGUCUUCUGGAACACUUGAUAUUGAGACUGAUCUGAUUUUAAUAUCCAGACCUUGAGUACAAUUUAUUGGAUUAAAGGCGUAAAAUAAAGGGAUAAAAUGUUACUUCU